GGAGUUCUGUGCGGACUGUUUGCCGGAGAAUUUUUUGGGGUAUGGGUUUUGAUCGGUUCGCUCAUAAAUCCUAAACAACAGCCAUUUAUGGAGACUUCCAUAGAGGAUUGUCCAGCACAUAUGUUGGUCAACUUUACCCGAACCACCAGUUCUACCAUUGAGUCGGAAGGCAUACUGAGUCUGUAUCACAUCGCAUAUCUAUUAGUUCCUGUCUUUGGUUUUGCAAUUAGUCUUUCGAUCGGCGCUAUAAUGAGUCUACUCUCAGGUCAUUAG